GCCAUUCCCAGCGUCAAUGGAUUCUCCAGUCCUCAAUCAGCUGUUUAGGCAGCUUUUCCGACAUCCAGCUUGUCAGUCGCUUCCUUCAAUCCGGUCACUGCCUCCUGGCAGACCGCAGUCCAUCCGCCAGUCAGCCACUUCGCGGUCACAAUGUCGCUCUUUUCUCACACGGCGGACGCCCGGUAAACGCAAGAGCGCCGACGAUGGGAUGAUGUGGAACAGACGGGGAGAUUAUCCUAAGGAUAUAAGUGAGGAAUUCAAGACAUAUCCUCUCGUAACAGCGAAAGACUUGCGCCAUCGUCGAGAGCGACCGCGACAAGUCAAGAUGAUGACAAGGGAAUUUAUUGACGAUAGUCUAUAUAACCCCCACUAUGGCUAUUUCUCCAAACACGCGACCAUCUUCAGCCCGGGCGAACCGUUUGACUUCAACAACAUAAGCGAUGGCCCUGCCUUCCAUCGAUUGCUGGGGGAACGAUACACAGAGUUUGAGGACCGGUUGGAUGAGACACAACCUGACGAAGCGCGUCAAUUGUGGCACACACCGACAGAACUCUUUCGACCUUACUACGGGGAGACGAUUGCGCGGUACCUGGUGUCUAACUACAAGUUGACACUGUAUCCUUACCACGAUCUCAUAAUAUAUGAAAUGGGAGCAGGAAACGGGACGAUGAUGCUUAAUAUCCUGGAUUUCAUACGGGACACCGAUCAUGAGGUGUAUCAGCGGACAAAGUUCAAGAUUAUUGAGAUUUCGCCUUCUCUAGCCAGCCUUCAGAUGAAGAACCUGAGGGACUCUCUCAAUGCUGGCGGGCACAUCAACCAUGUUGAGAUCAUCAAUCGUUCGAUCUUCGACUGGAAUACCUACGUGCACUCGCCGUGCUUCUUCCUGGCACUGGAAGUCAUCGAUAAUUUCUCCCACGAUGCUAUCCGGUACGACUACAAGACCGAGCUUCCCCAGCAGGGAGGCGUCCUCAUCGAUGCAGAUGGCGAAUUUCAUGAAUUCUACAGUACCCGCCUCGAUCCACUGGCGUCUCGGUUCCUGCGAGUUCGUCAGGCCGCUGCUCAACGACCCUUUCCAAGUCCCUUGGGCCCGAAAUUGCUGCGCGGACUGCGGAAUGCCGCCCCGUUCCACCCCGAAGUCACUUUGCCCGAAUACAUCCCUACCCGACUCAUGCAGUUCUUUGAUAUACUCGAUAGCUACUUCCCAGGGCAUCGGCUCAUAGCCAGUGACUUCAAUAAGCUACCCGAUGCGGUCCCAGGCUUGAAUGCUCCCGUUGUUCAGACACGGUAUAAGAGACGGACAGUACCUGUGUCCACGCCUUUUGUCCACCAAGGAUAUUUCGACAUCUUCUUCCCCACGGAUUUCAAUGUCGUCGAAGACAUUUACCGUGCCAUCACGGGGAAGCUCACCCAGGUCAUGAGCCAUGAAGACUUUAUGCGUCGGUGGGCGUAUAUCGAAGAUACGGAGACCAGGAAUGGCGAGAAUCCGCUGCUGACCUGGUAUAAGAAUGCAAGCAUGUUGAUGACGGUGUGAUUGGGAUAAUGUACAGCUCUCAUGACAUAUGAUUCUGUAAUGUAUACAAUCCACUCGUUGCGCUGGACCGUGGAUAUACGAGAUGCACGAGCCACUGUCGCUUGAUGAAGAGCACUGUCCUCGGAUAUCGACUGCUAUUGGCGAUAUUCUUACCUGUUGUAUAGUCUCUUGCGGCCGACUCGGUUGCGCGCCGUGCCCGGAUCCAGACAACUCUGCACUUCGGUCACAAAUAGUGACUGCGGGAGUUUCUCUUCGAUACUCUCACCACUGAAGUCUAAUGCUUUACUCGAAAUGCAUGUUAUUGCCCUGGCGGGUGUUAAAUACUCUGUUCCCGAGACCAUUCACUGUCAAUUUUACCAGAGCC